AUGGGGUCCAGCGACGUCGCUCCCGCCCAUGUCCCCGACUGGGUCGUGCCACUCUCGACCGUCGCGCUUGGCGUCGGCGUGUUGUUCUGGGACGCGACGUACAUCCUCAUGACGCUACGCAGCCUCCGGACCAAGUCCUACAGUAUGCCACUGCUCGGCCUCGCCCUCAAUGUCUCGUGGGAGAUUGUCUACUCUCUCUACGUGUGUGAAGCGCUCAUCGAGACAGCCGGCUUCACCAUCUGGCUAAUUCUCGACAUCGGUCUGAUCUACACGACGAUCAAAUUUGCACCUUACGAGUGGGAUAGGACGAAUGCUUGGGUCGGACGACACAUGGCUUCCAUUCUGGGUUUGAUGACCGCCAUCGGGUGCGUAGGCCACUUCGCGUUUGUGAAGUGGUGGUUGAGCCGUCCGGGGAUUGGCCAUGGGGACAAAACCGGCAAAUGGUAUUUUGGUCAGGACCAAUACGACACGACUGAACUAGCAUACUGGUCUGCCGGGGUGGCCCAGAUGGUUGCCAGUGUGAGUUCACUCGCCAUGUUGCUGGUUAGAGGUCACUCUGGAGGCGCAAGCUAUGGGAUCUGGCUCUGCAGAACAAUCGGCACAAUUUCCGGAAUGGGCGUUUGCAACGCCAUACUAUGGUAUUACUGGCCUGAGGCGCAUGGGUACUUCCUCAACCCACUAGGCAUAUUCAUCUGUGGCACGGCGCUGGUCUGCGAUUUGUUCUACCCUUUCGCGUUGUGGCAAGUCAAAAAGACAGAAGUGGUGCUACCAGAUGGGAGGCUUGUCAGCCGAGAACAAUUCGAUCACUUGCAGGCGGCGGGCAAGAAGAAUCUUUGA